AUGAGCACAAAACAUCGAAAGAAACCGUUUAGUGGUAAACAGAAGCGUAAGCAACUUCAAGAACGACGCGCAAAGUAUAUCGAGAGAAAUGAAGAAUAUGAUGAUGAUUUCGGUGAGAAAUCAUCCAAAAAGUUGCUUGACGAUGAUGAAAAAGAUAAUGAAGAGGAUAAUAAUAAAAUUGGAAAGAAAAACGAUCCUACAAAGCUUUACUCGGUAUUUAAGAAAUUAACGCCUCGUGAAGUUCAAGCGAAUCGAUUAGCGAGCAUGAAACCGUUUACGCGGCUUGAUGUUAAAUCAGCAUUAGAAGUCUCCGUCAAAGAUAUCUACACAACAAUAAUAGAAUUCCCUAAACGACCACCAUGGAACUACCAGAUGAACAAAGAGCAGUUGACUGCUAACGAGGAAAAGUACUUUCAGCGAUGGUUGAAGGAUGUGUAUGAUCGCUGGGGAAAGGAGGAGCUGAGUUUCUUUGAGCAUAAUUUGGAGGUCUGGCGACAAUUAUGGCGAGUUUUCGAAAUAUCAGACAUGAUCCUAAUAAUCGUUGAUAUUCGACAUCCGUUACUACAUUUUCCGCCAUCUCUGUAUAAUUUUGUGGUCAAGGAACUUGGACGGGAUAUGAUCCUUGUGUUUAAUAAGAUCGAUUUAGUAGCUCGAAACACAGUUGAAGCUUGGUCUCGAUACUUCCAACAAGAGUUUCCUAAUGUGCAUAUAGUGGGGUUUAGUAGUUUUCCGGUGGACAAAAAAUUCGUGAAUGAUACCGCUACAACCUACCUCCAACAAAGGGUCGCACGUCUACCACGUCGUCGUAAGCUUCAAAAUCGAGGCUCAAUCGGAAAAAAAGACUUGCUUGUCGCAUGCAAAGACAUCAAAUUGGUGAAGAAGGGUGUGCAAGUGGAUUGGGAGGGUUUGAUAGCGCAGUAUGAGCAACAAGAACAUGAGAAUGGUGGCUGUGAUGGAGCUGAUGAUUCUCAGAGGAAAUCAGAUGAUAGUAAGGCUAUUGUCGAAAUUCAUGAAUCAGAAGUUGCUCCUCAUAAAGAUUACAUUACCAUUGGGCUUGUUGGACAUCCGAACGUUGGAAAGAGUAGCCUAAUAAAUAGCAUAAUGAGGAGAACGGUAGUGAGUGCUUCCAAGACUCCAGGACACACCAAGCAUUUUCAGACGAUCCAUUUGACAGGGAAUAUUCGUCUUUGCGAUUCGCCGGGAUUGGUGUUUCCGAGUCUGCUUCCGAAAGCUACCCAGAUAUUAUUUGGGAUGUAUCCUAUUUCACAAGUCCAAGAGCCUUAUAGUACUAUUCAGUAUUUGGCUGAAAGAAUACCACUUGAGAAAAUAUUACGGCUGACACCGCCGGAAGCCGAUGAGAAGGAAUAUCGAUGGUCUGCUUGGGAUAUUUGUGAAGCAUUUGCCAUGAAACGCCACUUCUUUACAAGUAAAUCAUCCCGGCCGGACGUGUAUCGUGCUGCAAAUGCUAUUUUACGGAUGACCAAUGACGGGAGAAUAUUGUUGUCUUUUAAGCCGCCUGGAUUUUUCGCGUCCUUGCCGUCUUCAUCAACAAAUCGUUCGCUUCGGUCUAGUCAAGAAGUAGAUGAUCCCUCACAGACCAUAUAUACAAAAUUGCAGGAUCUUGAAAUAGGUCAUGAAGAGGAGGAAGAAAAAGAGAAUGAUAAAAAUAAAGUUGGUGGGUCGUUUUCUUUGUUGAUGGAUGAAAGUGAUGUCUGGUUUAACAGUAUUUUUAUCGAGAUUACAAGACACGAGAGCCUGAUAUGA